GAUUGAGGAAUGGCUUUGGUCUUGUUGGUGAUCAGGUUGGUUGUUGUUGUUAAAGUGAAAAGUGCAAUGUUUCUGGGUAGUGAAUUAAAACAUGUUAAUUUUAUCAAUUAAAGUUUAAAGUAAAUUAAAUUAUUUAAAGUCUUCACUAUGGACCUAAAGGAUAGUGAGUUUUCUAAUUCUAUUAAGUACAAUUUUAAUAAUAAGGAUUGGCCGACACCAGGAGAAGCAGUGGAAACAACAACUACGUCCAGUAGUGUGACUGAUGAAAGUGUUGAUUGUGCUUCUAGUGCUAAAUCAUCUUCUUCUUUGCAGACUAAUAGUAACAAUAUUAAUAAUAAUUCUAAAGGAGGAGAAAUAGAUUCAUCUGUAUCAUCAUCAACGACAACAACAACAACAACAACAACUUCUUCUUCUACUACAACUACAACUACAACUACCCAAGGGACAAAAAAAGGUUCUAAGAAUAAAUGGAGACCAUUAGAAUUUGAACCACCAACAAGUAAAUCAGAGGAAAGGCGACACGGACAAAGAUCAUCUAGAAAUCAUUCUCGAAAAGAUUCUAUUAAUAACAAUCACAGCUCAUCAGAAGUUCCAAAUGGCGGAGCUACAAGCAGCAAGAAAUAUGGUGAUAACAACAUGCUGCAAUCUCUUAAUAAUAAUAAGAUUAACGCAGUCUCUGUGCCCUCUUCUUCGGACAAAGGCUUCCGUGGAGGUCGUCGAGGACGAGGAAGGGGAAGAGGAAGUGGAAUACCUGUACAGUCGAAUUCCGGUAAUAAUGGAGGAGGUAAUGGGGGCCCAGGGUCUGGUGGGCCAGUGCAUCGUGGCGGUGGUCGCUCAAAUCGAAGCUACGAUCCAGGUCGAAUUACUCCAAACCAUGAAGAUUUUCCUGCCGACAUCGCCUAUUAUGUUGAUUAUUCACCAAUUUCGGAUGCAGCUAUUUCAAAUGAAGGGGAACUCGAUAUUAGUAUAAUUUCUCCUACUUUAGGUCCACCAACACAAGCAGCAGUGGCUGCAGCCUUUGUCUCACCAGCUAUUGUUCCAACAACAACUACCUUUGUGCCUACAGCAGCUUUCUUUUCUCCAUAUGCGGCAGCCGUGACUACUGCUGCUCUCCAAGAUCCAAAUUCGUUAAAAAAAUCGAUCAAAUCACAAAUCGAAUAUUAUUUUAGUGAAGAAAACUUGCAACGUGAUUUUUUCCUUAGACGCAAAAUGGACGAAGAAGGUUAUCUUCCUAUUUCUUUAAUCGCAUCAUUUCAUCGAGUCAAAGCAUUAACUACCGAAGUAGCAUUGGUCAUAGAUGCUCUGAGAGGAUCAGACAAGGUUGAGUUCAAUGAGAACGGAACCAAAUUACGGACAACAGCUGAUCCUCUAAAAUGGCCUAUUUUUGAUCAAAGACAACCUCAAAUUUAAUCAUCUCUAUCAUCUCUCUUCUUCCUUCCUUUCUUUCUUCCUCUCUCCUUCUCUCUUUCUUCUUUCUAUCUCUAUCUCUUUCUAUCUCUUUCUUCUUUCUCUCUCUCUCUCUCUCUCUCUUCCUCUCUCUUCCUUUCUCUUUCUCUCUUACAACAAUUAUCAUCGAAUUGCAUGUAAUGCUUUUCAACUCUUGCUCUCACACACACUUUCCUUCUCUGUAUCUCAUACAUGCACAUACACACGUUUUUGUUUAUCUAUUUCCCUAUUCUCUUUGUUUUUCAUUCUACAAAAAAUGAUAUUUGUUAACACCUAAUACCUGGUAUCACCUUUUGAAACUUUCAAUCGAGUUUAUUCAUAAACUAGUGUAUGUACUUCAAUCGAAGCAAAGUUACUUUUUGAGACGAUUUUUUAGUUAAUCAAAAAUUCACAUUAAUAUUUAAAUGACCAAAAUUUUGAAUGUAUAUUUAUAUCUAUUGCAGGGCGACUUCGUUUCAAAUAAGUAAAUGACUAAUAAUCACAAUUAAAGUAACAGUUAACUGAUUGAGAAGAUCAAUAAAAUCUUCGUUUUACUCUUGA